AUGGAUGUCCUGAGCUGCCUCAAGUACCUGAUGUUCAUCUUCAACGUGCUCGUGUUUGCCGGGGGGACGCUCCUGGCCGCCCUGGGGCUCUGGGUGGCCGCGGACCCGGGCGGGUUCCAGGCGCUCGUGGCCGCCCGGGCCGUGCUGGGCGCGGCCGCGUGGCUCCUGCUCGCCCUCGGCAUCGCCCUGGCCCUGCUCGGCUGCCUCGGCUGCUGCGGGGCCCUGCGGAGGAGCCGCCCCCUCCUGCUGCUGUUCUUCAUCCUCGUCAGCCUCGUCUUCCUCAUGCAGCUGGUGGGGGCCAUUCUCUUCCUGGUGCACUGGAAGCAGGUCCGGCCCGAGCGCUUCCUGUCGGAGCUGAGGAGGAACUACCGCGGGGACGAGGGUGCUGAGGUGUUCAGCACCGCCUGGAACACCCUCAUGGUCACGUUCUCCUGCUGUGGCGUCCUGGGCCCCGAGGACUUUGGGAAUGGCUCCCGAUUCCAGGAGCUGCACCCGGGGGUGCCGUGGCCGCGGGCCUGCUGUGCCCGGGACGGGCUCCUGGGGGACCUGCUGGGCUGGGAGCAGUGCCAGGACAGGAGCCCUGGCUACAUCCAUGAGCAGGGCUGCUUCUCCACCUUCGGCAGGACCCUGCAGAGGUCCCUGUCCCUGCCCGGCUCCUGCAGCCUGGCCGUGCUGGGCAUCGAGACCUUUGCCAUGUUCUUCUCCCUCUGCCUCUACUACAACUUCGACUGACGGGACACGGA